AUGGCGGCCACGGCUUUACAAUUCGUCAGAACUCCAAAUUCCCGGCAGUAUUUACCGAAACCCUAUGAGACCCGAUUGAUCAAGCCGCUAGCUUUCCCCGUCCCUUCCCGGGUCACCGCUAGGGCCCGGGGCAGGGUCCGAAUUUCGUGCGGGCUGAUCGAGCCCGACGGGGGCAGCCUGGUGGAGCUCUUCGUGAAGGAGGGCGAGAGAGAGGCGGCGAGAGAAGUGGCUUCGGGUCUGCCCCAAAUCAAGCUAUCGAAGAUCGAUCUUCAAUGGGUUCAUGUGCUCAGCGAGGGCUGGGCCAGCCCCUUGAAAGGGUUCCAAAGGGAAUCCGAGUUCCUCCAAACUCUUCAUUUUAACUCGCUCCGACUCGGAGACGGCUCGGUCGUCAACAUGUCGGUGCCUAUCGUGCUCGCCGUCGACGACUCCCAGAAGAGCCGGAUCGGCGAGUCGAGCGCUGUUGCCCUAGUCGACGAGAAUGACCGGGCCGUAGCCAUUCUGAAAGACAUUGAAAUAUACAAGCAUAACAAAGAAGAACGAAUAGCAAGGACUUGGGGCACCACUGCCCCUGGUCUACCGUACGUUGAGGAGGCUCUAACUAAUGCUGGAAACUGGCUGGUUGGCGGUGAUUUAGAAGUUAUAGAACCGAUCAAGUACAAUGAUGGUCUUGACAGGUUCCGGCUUUCUCCUAAAGAGCUUCGCGAUGAAUUCUCUCGACGCAAUGCAGAUGCAGUGUUUGCGUUUCAGCUCAGAAAUCCCGUGCAUAAUGGGCAUGCUUUGUUGAUGACAGACACGCGUCGCAGGCUUCUUGAGAUGGGAUAUAAGAAUCCCGUCCUUUUGCUUCAUCCCCUGGGAGGUUAUACAAAGGCAGAUGAUGUUCCACUUAAUUGGCGAAUGAAGCAACACGAGAAGGUUCUUGAAGAAGGUGUACUUGAUCCCGAGACUACUGUGGUCUCCAUCUUCCCGUCUCCUAUGCACUAUGCUGGCCCGACUGAGGUGCAGUGGCAUGCUAAGGCUCGUAUAAAUGCUGGUGCCAACUUCUACAUCGUUGGUCGAGACCCAGCUGGCAUGGGUCAUCCAAUCGAGAAAAGGGAUCUCUAUGAUGCUGACCACGGGAAGAAAGUCUUGAGCAUGGCACCUGGACUGGAGCGGCUAAACAUCUUGCCAUUUAAGGUUGCUGCAUAUGACAAGACUCAGAACAAAAUGGCAUUCUUUGAUCCAUCGAGACCUCAGGAUUUCCUCUUCAUUUCAGGCACCAAGAUGCGAACGCUGGCAAAGAACAAGGAGAACCCACCGGAUGGAUUCAUGUGCCCGGGUGGUUGGCAAGUGUUGGUGGAAUACUAUGAUAGCUUGUCGCUAGCUGAGAAUGGCAGAGCUCCUGAACCUGUGUCGGUUUAAGGAUGUUUUGCCCAUUUACAGAUGUACUGUGAUUCUAUGUUUGGGAGAAACCUUGAAUCUCAUUCAUCUCCUGUGUGUAUAAUCGCUUGAAACAUGGUUUAGGGUCUGAAUAAAUGAUGGGCAUAUGCAUGAGGCAACAGUAUACAGUCAAAAAAAAUGGUGUAUUUAUAGUGUGAAAAAUGAUAAUGAUGCCCUGGAACUGUGCAUGCUUCUGUGUGUGCACAAAUUGUACCAUAUUGACAUUGUGUGGUUUUGAUUCUAGGAAGUAAAUGCAUUGGUAGUUUUCUACUCAAAAUUUCUUAAAUAAAAAUCUAAUGGGAAUUUCUACUGCUUGGUAAA